AUGACUAAAACAACUCGAGUCAGAACAGGAUGUUGGACUUGUAAAAAAAGGUAUGUUUUAUUUCAAACUUGUAAAUGAGAUAAUUUUGAAAUACUAAUAUUCUCAAUAGACAUAGAAAAUGCGAUGAAACAAAACCUGCUUGUAAAAAUUGUUUAAAAUCAAAACGAGAAUGUGAAGGUUAUGGUACUAGGUAUUCUUUUGAUAUAGUAGAGCAUAAUUCACAAGGUAUUGUCAAAAAAUCAUAUUCAAAAACACAACCCCUGGCCAACAAACUAAAAUCAAAAUCAAAUUCAAAGAUAAUUAAUAAGUCAAACUCACAACCAAUUUCAUUAGAUGACCAAGUAGAAUUAGAUAAUAUCAAACAAACUCAAAACAAUGAUUUAUUUUCUUUCAAUUCUAUAAAUGACAAUAAUUUUGGGAAAGAUAAUGACACUAAUUUACCUUAUACAUCUAAUUUGGCUCAAUAUAGUAGUGCAAUAUUUGAAGACCUUGAAGGGUUUUUGUCAGCAACUCCAACUUUGAACAAUAUUGUUGAUAGUAAUACAACUGAUGUACGACCAUUUCCAAAUCAUAGCUCAUCACAAAAUUCCAAUUUCAGUGAAACUCCAUCACCAUCAUUGAAUACAAAUUACAAAUUGGAUAAUCAAAUUAUGAGUUUUAUUAAUAAAUCAAAUUCUUUUAUCGAACAAUCAAAUAAAAUUGGUAAUGAUUCUCAAGAUAAUGAAAACUUUUUACUUACAAUUAGUCAUCAAGAAGAAAAUGAGAUGUUGAAGCAUUUUUUCAAAAAACUAUUGCCGUUACUUGAUGGUCAUCCUAAAUCACCUUGGCCAGAUUUGGCUUUGAAAUAUUGUGAUUUUGAUGUAGCAAGAAGCUGUUUUUUGUCUUUGUCUUGUAUUCAUAUGUAUGAGAGUCGAAAUGCAGGUACUGAAUAUUAUCAGAAAGGUAUUGCUCAUAUUAACAAUGCUAUGGAUCAUUUGAUACAUAAUAUUAUGGAAAAUAAUUCUAAUUUAGAAGGUGAUUUGGAAAAUGCUGACACAUUGGCAAAAAGAAAUAUAAAUUAUUUUGUAAUCUUGGUUUUGAUUAACGUCCAUAUAUUAUUUACUGUUUUGCAGAAUGGUAAAAGUUCAAUGUCUAGGUUUUUAUAUGAAACUUUUGCUUCAAUUUGUAAAGAUCAAAAUUUUUACAAUAAUGCUUUGUUGAAUAAUGAAAAGAAAAGAAGUUUAGCUGUUGUUCUAUGUUGGUAUGAUACGGUUUCUGCAAUUGUUUCUUGUGAUUGCAGAUUGCCUUAUUGCUCUCCAGAGUGGUAUGGUAGCCAUGAAGAUUCAAUAUCAACUUUAGAAAUGAUGGGAUGUCCUGGUGAAAUAUUUAUAGCUAUGUCAAAAGUGUGUCAGCUUCGAAAUGAAAGAUUUUUAAAUGGUGAUAUUACUGAUAAGGAAAUAAAGUAUCUCAAUAUAAAACAAAUUUUGGUCAAUUAUAGAGAUUAUGUACCAUUGGAUAUAAAUGUCAAUGAAGACUAUAAUGAACAAAGCAAAAACGAGUUUAAUCCAAUAUCAAAAGAUUCUUAUUUUAAUAGAUUAAAAUGUGCAUUAUGUUGGUCAAUUGCAGUCUUCAUUAUAUUAAAUAAAGUCAUUCAACCAUCUGAUUUUAUCAUGGAAAAUAAAAAACUUAUAAAUGAAUUUAUUGAGACUUAUAGAACUAUGGAUGUGAAAUCACCAUUAAUUAUUCAAAUGGUCUGGCCAAUUUAUGCUGUUGGAUGUGAGUGUAACUCAGAAUGGGAGAAAAGUUGGUUAUUAAAAUUUAUGGAUGCAUUAUAUGAAGUAGCUCAAAUGGGAACAUUAAAUAGUAUUAAAGAUAUUGUAACUCAAAUUUGGAAACGUAGAAUUAAUGGUGAAGAGAUUACCCCAGAAGAAUUUCUUAAAAAUCAUUGGCUUGGAGAAAGUAUGGAUUAUUUACCAUUAUGAUUAUAUAUUAAAUAGGUGUAGAUAUAAUAAGACUUUUACUUGAACUAUCAAUGUAAAAGUGAAUAGAAUUGAUUUGAUGAAUACACUACUUGAAACUUAACGUGUACGUGGUUGAUGGGCGCAUCAUCAUCAACAAAAUUUUUUUAUUUCACAUUUUUUUCUUCCCUUCUUUUUCUUCAUUUUGGUUUCCAAUUGAAUUCAAUUCUUUAAAGUUUUUGUAUUUACAAUUGAUAUAAUGUCAUACUCAGAUUUCUCAAAAAUUGAUACUAUUAAAUCAUUGAAUGAUUUCUUAGCUGAUAAAUCAUAUAUUGAUGGGUAUGUUUUUAACUAAAUCUUUCAUUAAAAAAAUUUUUCAAGUAUAGUCUAGUUAAUUUGCUUAUCUCAAUUUCCAUCAAUUCAACAACAACUAUUGUACUUGCUUUUGUAUAUAAUAGAAAUUGAAUGCAAGUGUCAAUCUGAUGGAAAAUUAAUCAACAAAUUUUAGUUAAAAUAAUUUAAUCAAUGAUGAUCACAAUCUUUGGUCCGUGUUUAUGAGGUGGAUUCAAGACCCACCGCAUGAGUGACAAAGAAGAUUUAAAUAAAAUAUCUGAUCAAUUACAUUAGUUUAACAUUGCAAAUUUGAGAGGCUAAUUUGAUUAAUUGCUGUUUUUUUUAAGAAGAACUAAAUUUUACUAACAUUUAAAAUCAAGUACUAAUGCUACUCAAGCUGAUGUAACAGUUUAUAAAGCUUUCCAAAAAGAAUUUCCACAAUUUUCAAGAUGGUUCAACCACAUUGCUUCUUUCACUGAAGAAUUUUCAGAAUUACCUGCAGGUAAUGCCCCAGUCGCUUCAAAGAAAGAAACUGCUGCUGCUGCUGCUGAAGAAGAUGACGAUGACGUUGAUUUAUUCGGUUCUGACGAUGAUGAAGUUGAUGAAGAAGCUGAAAAAUUAAAACAACAAAGAUUGGCUGAAUAUGCUGCUAAAAAAGCUUCAAAAGGUCCAAAACCAGCAGCUAAAUCAAUUGUUACUUUAGAUGUUAAACCAUGGGAUGAUGAAACUGAUUUAGAAGAAUUAUUAGCUAAUGUUAAAAAUAUUGAAAUGGAUGGUUUAACUUGGGGUGCUCAUCAAUGGAUUCCAGUUGGAUUUGGUAUCAAAAAAUUACAAAUUAAUUUAGUUGUUGAAGAUGCUAAAGUUUCAUUAGAUGAUUUACAAGCUGCUAUUGAAGAAGAUGAAGAUCAUGUUCAAUCAACUGAUAUUGCUGCUAUGCAAAAAUUAUGA